CCUCGGCCGGACAGACUGGACCUCAGUGUCCGGCCUCCCCGAGGGCAUGCGGCGCUGAGGAGCAGCGGACUCUUCGCGUCGGCACCAUGAACCUCCUGCCGUGUAACCCCCAUGGCAACGGGCUGCUCUAUGCCGGUUUCAACCAGGACCACGGAUGCUUUGCAUGUGGGAUGGAAAACGGAUUCCGAGUCUAUAACACUGAUCCGCUAAAAGAAAAAGAGAAACAAGAAUUUCUGGAAGGCGGAGUUGGCCACGUGGAGAUGUUAUUUCGCUGUAAUUAUUUAGCUUUAGUCGGUGGUGGGAAAAAGCCGAAGUACCCCCCUAACAAAGUGAUGAUCUGGGAUGACCUGAAAAAGAAGACUGUUAUUGAAAUAGAAUUUUCUACAGAAGUCAAAGCAGUGAAGCUACGGCGAGAUCGAAUUGUGGUUGUUUUGGACUCAAUGAUUAAGGUGUUUACAUUCACACACAACCCCCAUCAGUUGCAUGUCUUUGAAACCUGCUAUAACCCUAAAGGCCUCUGCGUCCUGUGCCCCAACAGUAACAACUCCCUCCUGGCCUUCCCGGGCACGCAUACGGGCCAUGUGCAGCUCGUGGACCUGGCUAGUACGGAGAAGCCACCGGUGGACAUUCCAGCCCACGAGGGCGUCCUGAGCUGCGUUGCUCUCAACCUGCAGGGAACGAGAAUCGCAACUGCAUCUGAGAAAGGGACCCUUAUAAGAAUAUUUGAUACUUCAUCAGGGCAUUUAAUCCAGGAGCUACGGAGAGGAUCUCAAGCAGCCAAUAUUUAUUGCAUUAACUUCAACCCGGACGCGUCCCUCAUCUGCGUGUCCAGUGACCACGGCACAGUGCACAUCUUUGCUGCCGAAGAUCCAAAAAGGAAUAAACAGUCCAGUCUGGCCUCAGCCAGUUUCCUUCCAAAGUACUUCAGUUCCAAGUGGAGUUUUUCCAAGUUUCAGGUUCCCUCAGGCUCUCCGUGCAUCUGUGCCUUUGGAACAGAGCCAAAUGCUGUCAUCGCGAUUUGUGCAGACGGCAGCUACUACAAAUUCCUCUUCAACCCCAAGGGGGAGUGCAUCCGGGACGUCUACGCGCAGUUUCUAGAAAUGACCGAUGACAAGCUGUGACUCCGCUGGGAGUGCAACCAGCACGGCCGGCCGCUCCGGAGCACCGAGUGUGCCCUUCAGACCCUGGGGCUGGUGCCGGGGCCCUUGGGCCUCAUGGGUCAGCGGCCAGAGGACUGCCCCGGGCCCUUGGUCCUGAAGCCAUUCUGUGGUUGUCUCUUUUCCUGAGCAGGGCUUCCCAUUUCCAGUAUUAAAGAACGAAUCAUCAUCAAGGCAGUGUAGACACUCAGUGGCUCUGAGCUGCCCGGGCCCGACUGCUGGCCUGCGACCCGUAGUUGAGCUGUGAUGCUAGCUUCCGUGCUUCCGCCGCGCCCUCCCGCCUCUGCCCCCCGUGCGCUUGGGGGCUCCGUGCACACGUAGGGACUGGGUUGACAAAAGGAUGGACAAAUGGAAAUUUGUUUUGGCAACAGGUUCCAUCAUUUUUACUGAGUCUGUAAUGGGAAAAUGAACAAACGUGUCCCUGUGAGUUCUUACGUUACCACCAGAUUUUAAAAUAGAACAAUAAUACCAGCAGCUUGCCUUAGAAAAGGAGAAAGGAAUUCCUUCUCUCCUCUCAAGAUGAAGCGAGGAGAGCCAGCCACGUUCGCACAGGGUGGGCGUCUCCCCGCAAGCCGGCGUCCUGGUCUUGUCCGUGCCUGUCGUGAGCCUGUGGUGCGCCCGUCCCCGUCUGUCUGUUGGAGCCGUCGGCAUUGAGGCCCAGGCUGGGCGCCUGCAGCGAGCAAACUGCUUUGUGGGCCCCGCGGGCCACCCGAGUUUCCCCGUUGUGUGCAGGGAGCAGAGGAACAACGUAGACCGUCAGGAUCAGUCCCCGAGGAAAGCGUCACUUAAUUUAGAGGAUGUGGAGGGAAAGGCUGGGCAUUGCGGCAGCGCAGGCCUGACGUCUGGGCAGGAGCGGGAGGCCCAGCCGGGCACGGCCCCGCCGUCGGUCCGAGUCGUUUCUGCUGGCGCUCCGAGGAGAGGCACGGUAAAGUUUUCUAACACGUGGUGACUAAACAGGUUAUGGGCUCUAUAUUGUUAGUACCCCCAGAGGUAUGUGUGUCAUUUUCUCAAAUCCCCUCUAAGGAAACCCAGUUGUGCGGUUUUGAUUUCAGGUUCGCAAACAUUGCAAGUCUGCGGCGGCAGCGCCGCGUCCUGCCGGUUCUCUUACUGUCGCGUAAUCCGCUAACUGUGGGUUUCACUGUACAGCAUGCGUGUACUUCUGUGUGUAUUUAAUCAUGAAGUUUAAUUUUGCACUUAUUUGUAAUGUUUCUUUUAAAAUAAAAGUGACUAAUUUUGUUGUA